AUGCCCGCGAUCGCCUGGCGCUUGCUGCCUGGUGUUUCAAGCGGAUUUGAGGCUUCACUGCAUGAUGAGCAGCCUGCCAACACCAGCAGCGGUCAUGACGCUGUAGAUGGCAGCAGCAGUGCAGUGCAGCUUGUAACGCUAGCGCAUCUGCUCUCUAAAGAGGACAGCAGCAUGUGGCUUCAACCGCUUAUGGAAAAUGGCAUCAAUAUCAAGACCACCCCGCAAGCAGUCGCCACGCUGGAAAAGCUGGUGUGUGCGCUGGGUGCUGGCUUUCUGGGCACAGCCCACUCCACCUUCACGAAUGACAUUGUGCGGCUGAGACACGGGUUCCGCACUGCGAGGUGCAGCGAUGACUAUAUCUGCAGUGCCGGGCCGAAAGAGGGGUAG